CACAGCUGCCAUCUAGGGGCGCUUGUCUGCAGUGUAUAUAACAGCGAGUCAGCUAGAAGGAGCACUCAGUCUCUUGAAAACUGCUCAGCAAGCAGCAGCUGCAGCCAGAAGAAGGGGAGAGGGAGAGCCAGGAGAGGAGGUUUUGUUUUUAGGUUUUUGAGGUUCAAAAUUGACUGGCCAUGAGUACAAAUGACUUGCCUAACAUCUUUGAACUUCUGGAAACGGGCAACUUCACUGAAAUCAACUGGACAUGCAACAAUGGAGACUGUAUCAUAGUUGAUACACUAGUGUGCCCUAGCACACUUAACAAAAGUGUCCUAUUGUAUACCCUCUCCAUUUUUUACAUUUUUAUCUUUGUAAUAGGGCUGGUAGCCAACUCAGUGGUGGUCUGGGUCAAUCUCCAGGCCAAAACAACUGGUUAUGAAACCCACCUCUACAUCUUCAAUUUGGCUGUCGCUGAUCUGUGCGUCAUCAUUACCCUUCCAGUUUGGGUGGUUUCCCUUGUUCAACAUAACCAGUGGCACAUGGGAGAAUUUGUGUGUAAGAUCACUCACCUCAUAUUUUGCAUCAACUUGUAUGGGAGCAUCUUUUUCUUGGCAUGCAUGAGUGUGGACCGCUACCUCUCAGUUGCCUACUUCACCAACUCCAGUAACCGCAAGAAGAAAAUAAUCCGUCGCUUGAUUUGUAUCUUCGUGUGGCUUCUUGCCUUCUGUGCAUCUCUCCCAGACACCUAUUACCUGAAGACAGUCACUUCAAACAAUGAAACAUUUUGCCGCCCUCUCUAUCCAGAAGAGACCUUCAAAGAAUGGUUAAUUGGCAUGGAACUCAUUUCUGUUGUGUUGGGGUUUUUCAUCCCUUUCCCCAUCAUUGCUCUCUUUUAUUUCCUCCUUGCAAGGACCAUCUCUUCCUCUAGCGACCAAGAAAGGAAGAGUAAUGGGAAGAUCAUUUUUUCCUAUGUUGUUGUGUUUCUUGUCUGUUGGCUGCCCUACCAUACAGUUGUCCUGCUUGACAUCUUCUCUGUCCUUCAUUUUAUACCCUUUAGUUGUCAAAUGGAGAACUUCCUGUAUGCAGCUCUUCACAUCACUCAGUGUUUCUCCCUUGUCCAUUGCUGCAUCAAUCCCAUACUCUAUAGCUUCAUCAACCGCAACUACAGAUAUGAGCUCAUGAAAGCCUUUAUUUUCAAGUACUCAGCCAAAACUGGCCUCACCAAACUAAUUGAUGCUUCCAGAGUGUCGGAAGCAGAGUAUUCUGCCCUGGAACAAAAUGCCAAAUGAUUGCAACUUCAUAAAGACUUUUUUGGACCUUUUCAUGCUCGUCAUUAAUGAAGCAUGAAAUCUCAGCUAGCAAAAGAAAAAUAAAGAACCCUAAUUUAAAUCUAGAAUCCACAGCAAAAUAAGCAGUGGUACCAAAAACUAAGCAUUUCUUUUUUCUUUUUUUUUUUUAAGUGUUUUGUCUACUGCUGGCCAAUCCCUUGACUUUUCUAAUACUGACACGGCUGCAAAUGCUAUGCAAAUGAUUUGUAAUAAACAAAGCCAUUGUGUAUCACAAAUACAUAUCUCCAGGAUAAGCUUUUUCUUUUUUUGCUUCCACAUGUAAAAUAGGCUUCCCCUUAGUUUCAUUGUCUAUGUUAUACAUAGUGUAUUGUAUUUAAAAACCAAGACUUUAUUUUCUGGUUAUUGGCAUACCUUAUACAAUUGUAUUUGAAAGGUAAAUAUAUUUUUUAUCAUUUAUUUGAAAUAUAUUGCUGACAAGUGUAUCCAGAGUGCUGUAGUCUGAACGUUAAAUUGUCAUUCAUUCUUUGACUAUCCUAGAAGUAAGGAUGACAUUAAUAGCUGCCUGGAAAAAUUAUAUAUAUGUGUGUAUCGACUUUGGAUCACACACUUUAUGUACAAAUAGCUUUAUAUGGUGGUUUACACUCAUAUGUGUAGACUAAGGUGUAUAUACUGUAAUGUAUUUUGACACCAUGUUAAAAUUUUAACAACGUUGUAAGAGUAAUGUCAGCUUCUGUUUUUUAUAUUUCACCAAACUGUAUCUUAUGCACAAAAGAAAUGAUGUUACUUUGGAUAUGUUCUCUUUCUAAGUGUAAGUUAUUUUUUUAAAAUAAAAUCUUGAAAACUUCAGAA